AUGGCCUCUGUCGAAAGUGCCACAAGCGCAGCAAAGAAAUUGGAGUGUCGGUUCUGCCAGAGGAUCUAUUCCAAGGCAGAGCAUCUGACAAGACAUGAACGUUCUCACACAGGCGUGCGGCCGUUUGCUUGCAAAGAGUGCAACCGCGCCUUCAGUCGACAAGACUCGUUGGCUCGCCAUGAGAAACUCCAUUUGCGUAGAGAGAGCAUGAAAUGUGCUUCUCCCGCUGCUUCGACCUAUACGCCAGCCAAGUCAUACGCGUUGCAGCAUCUGCUGGCGGCUGAAGACGACAUGGACACACGCAACUAUGUACCACCUUCCAUUCCUGGCACUUCGCAGACCUGGCACGAGCAAACAUAUCAAGUAGAACCCGAGAUGGUUGAUAUGCAUUGUGCUACAGAUCUUGAUUUCCAAUUGAUAUGGCCUGAUUCCGAGGAGCUGUUUCAAUCAAUCAUGUCUACAGACACCACCUCUCAUAUACCUGUGGGCACUCUACCUUUUCCUCAAGGCAUUGACAGAUUUACACCAACUAGUCUUGACUCGCCCACUUCGGUCGAUGAUCGAGGCUCGGCCAUCAAGGCUAUCCCUAACGGCGGUGGUCACCAGGCUGUCUACGGAGUCAGCAAGAUGAUCUCUAAUUUGUCGUCAAGCAUCACCGCAGAAGCCGAGGCCACAUCUGUCACAUCUGUGUUUUUGGACGAGUGCCUCCACAUGUUCUUCGUCCGCUUUACACCUACAUUUCCCGUCCUCCACCGCUCGACAUUUGUGUUUCGAGAUUGUACCCACCCUUUGCUGCUAAACGCUAUCGCCAUAGGGUCGUUAUAUCUCGGCCCAAAGGAUGCUGUUGCAAAAGGCGAAGCGUUGUGGCGUCUUUCUCAUACAGCGAUUGCGACUUCGUGGCAGAGUCUUAUCACACACCGAGGGCCACACGAUCCGUGCAACGGACUCCAAUUGGUCUUGGCUGCUUUACUCGGUCAGGUCUAUGCAGCUCUCUCAAAGAACCGAGUACUCCGAACGACAUCGCAAAUAUUCCAUGCGCUUGGCUUCUCCUGGGCGAGGCACUGUGGCAUGUACGACGACGACACGUUCUCACUAGACAAUUUACCUUCCUUGGACGCCUCCCCAGCAGAAAAGGACCGCCAGUGGAGAACCUGGGCUGCUCACGAAAUCCAGCGAAGAGUACUCCUCGCUCAAUACAUACUAGACGGACUGGUCUCGUCAGCUAGCGGUAAUCCCCCUUCGACGCGGCAUGCUGCCAACCGGCUUGGACUACCCUGCGAUGAGAGCUUAUUUGAAGCAAGUACUGCAGAUGAGUGGCUCGUCAAGAUGCGAUCACAGCCCAAGCAGGACAUCUGUUUCCGCGAUAUUUUUAACUCACUGUUCUUGCCUGUCGACAUGGGAAGACUGCCAGAGCAUACCCUGACCUCUUUCUCGUUGCGUGUAAUCUUGGAAGGUGUACAGUCGCUCGUCUCCGACUCCGCUGACGGACCAUCUGUCGGUAUUCCAACCCAAUCUGAAGUCCGCAGGGCUCUUGCUCAGGUUCAUGAAAGCAUAACCAAGAACAAGAUAUCCGAAUCAGAGACGCUAGAGGCUCUAUUACGAUGGCACUCGAUCUGCCUCGAUGCGGCUGCAGACUCGUCUAUGCUGUGCCGACACAUCUGCGCUCGCUAUAACAUUCCACAGCAUGUGCUUGGAGGCAGCAAGAGCCUCAAGGCAGGUAUGGAUCUGGUUGCCUGGGCAAAGACUGAGGAUGCACGCAGAGCGUUGCUCCAUGCUGUCGCCAUCCAGGACAUCGUCGAGCAGCUUCCUCGCGGCCGUGCGCAUGUGCUUCACAUGCCCGGUUCCCUAUUCGCUGCUGCGACCGUGUACAGCGUCUUUUCGCUAGCAGGCCACACGACUGUCAAUCUGCCUCGCGUCAUCGACUGGAAGGACGUACUCUUCACCGAAGUCGACCCCUGUGUCAUCCUCGGUGACCUCGCUGGUGCAUCGGCUGGAUCGAGCACGACGAGAAGGUUCGUUCGUGGUGAAAAGCUUUCUGGCAGCGGCUAUGAAUCGUUGACUCGUAACUUGUUCUACGAGCUCAACUCGAUGCAGAAGCUGUUCCGAUGUCUCAGCUCACAGUGGGGGCUCGCACAUGAUAUGGAGGCCCUGUUGAAUUCGUGGAUAUCUUUGUGCCACUGA